UAACAAGCUAAACGAAAUUGUGAAAAGUGAAUUAUGAAGAGGCGACAGAAAAUUGUGAAGAAAUCCAAAGAGUCAAAGGAAUUUGUGAAAGGCGAAUCAAUUGAAAAGGCAACGGAAAAUUUUGAAGGAAUGGAUCGGAAACCCAUUAAGCUCGAAGAAGGAUGGAAACAUGUGCAGGAAGGGAUCGAUCAGCUGAAGAACGUCAUUGAAGGCUUAUCAGAAGAGCCUUUGAGUUCAGAAAAACACAUGUUGCUAUACACUACAAUCUAUAACAUGUGUAUUCAAAAGCCACCAUUUGAAUACACUAAACAGCUUUAUGAUAGAUACAUCAUAACAGUCGAAGGCUACAUCAAAUCUACUUUGUUGCCAUCCUUAAGAAACAAGCACCAAGAAUUCUUACUCAGAGAGCUCGUCAUAAGAUGGGAAAACCACAAAAAAUUUAUCAAAUAUCUUUUGCGCUACUUCCAUUAUCUUGAACGUUACUUUAUUGCUCGACACUCUUUACCUUUGCUCUAUACAGUUGGACUUGACAGAUUCCGUGAUUUGGUCUUCAUGAAGGUGAAGGCUCAAGCCACAGACGCUAUGAUCUCUCUAAUCGAUAAAGAACGCGAGGGAGAGCAAAUUGAUGGAUCUUUGUUGAGGAAUGUUCUUGAUAUCUACGUUGCCCUUGGUACGGAUGAAUUGGAUUGUUACAAGCAGGAUUUUGAACUGCGGCUGCUUGAAGAUACAUCUACUUACUACAGAAUCAAAGCGGCCAAUUGGAUCGCCGGUGACUCUUGCCCUGAGUAUAUGCUCAAGGCUGAGGAAUCAUUGAAGAGGGAAAGAGAUAGAGUAGUGGGCGAGGCUAAGUAUUUGCACUCUAUCACAGAGAAGAAAUUAGUAGAGACAGUUCAAAAAGAGUUGCUUGUCACGCACGCAACUCAGUUGCUUGAGAAGGAAAACUCUGGCUGUCAUGCGUUGCUCAAAGAUGAUAAAGUUGAAGAUCUUUCUAGAAUUUAUAGACUGUACCAUGAAAUAACUAGAGGUUUGGAACCUGUUGCUUGUACAUUCAAGCAGCAUGUUACCCAUGAGGGUACAACAUUAGUGCGACAAGCUGAAGAGGAAGCUUCUUCUAGAAGUCAGAAUAUUACAGCAAGUAAUAAUGGCUCAUCUGGGGCUCAGGAACAAGUGAUUGUGAUAAAAUUCAUUGAGCUUCAUGAGAAGUAUUUGUCCUUUGUUAAGGGUUGCUUCAUGAAUAACACUACUUUCCACAAGGCUAUGAAAGAAGCCUUUGAAGUGUUCUGUAAUAAGAGUGUUGCUGGCAUUCCAAGUGCAGAACUUCUUGCCACGUUCUGUGACAAUGUUCUUAAGAAAGGUGGUGAAAGUGAGAAGCUUAGCGACGAGGAAAUAGAAAGAACCCUAGAGAAGGUUGUCAAGCUUCUUGUAUAUAACACUGAUAAGGAUCUGUUUGCCGAGUUUUACCGGAAAAAGCUGGCUCGGCGGCUACUUCACGACCGGAGCGCCAAUGAGGAUCAUGAAAAGAAUAUUCUCUCAAAGUUGAAGCAGCAAUUUGGAACACAGUACACUUCAAAGAUGGAGGGGAUGAUCACAGAUUUGGCCAUAGCUAAGGAUAAUCAAACCAGCUAUGAGGAAUAUCUUGCUGAGAAUCCAAACAUGAACACUGGGAUUGACUUGUCAGUGACUGUUCUCACCACUGGUUUUUGGCCUAGUUACAAGUCUUUUGGGUUGAAUCUUCCUUCAGAGAUGGUCAAGUGUGUGGAAGUUUUCAAAGGGUUUUAUGAAACAAAAACAAAGCACAGGAAACUCUCAUGGGUUUUCUCCAUGGGAACUUGCAACAUCAAUGGAAAAUUUCAACAGAAAGCCAUUGAACUCAUAGUCUCAACUUAUCAAGCUGCUGCUCUUCUACUAUUCAACAGCACAGAUAGAUUGAGUUACUCAGAGAUCAUGACUCAGUUAGACCUAGGCCACGAAGAUCUGGUUCGCGCACUCCAUUCCUUGUCAUGUGCAAAGUAUAAGAUACUUUCUAAGGAGCCAAACACGAAAACCAUAUCUCAAAAUGACAGCUUUGAGUUCAACUCGAGAUUUACAGAUCGAAAGAGGAGGAUCAGGAUCCCUAUUCCGCCAAUAAUUGAUGAGAGGAAGAAGGUGAUGGAAGAUGUUAACAAAGACCGAAAAUAUUUGAUUGAUGCUGCGAUUGUUAGGAUUAUGAAGAGCAGGAAAGUUUUGGGACAUCAACAAUUAGUUUUGGAAUGUGUUGAGUUUUUGAGUCGCAUGUUCAAGCCUGAUUUGAAAGCAAUCAAGAAGAGGAUUGAAGAUCUCAUCCUUCGGGACUAUCUUGAAAGGGACGAGGAUGAUUCUAACACCUAUAAAUAUCUAGCUUGAUGGACACACACACA